AUGGGAGAAGUACAGGAGGAAGUAGAGAAGUUGGUUCUGGUGGAAUUGUCCAGAAUUAUUGAUUCAGUCUUUAUAUCAAAAUGUGAAAAUAAAUGCAAGGUUUGGGAAAUUGACACUGAGAGUCCCAUUAUACAAGUGGGCAGCUGUGUCCUUGCUGGAGAGUAUGAAGACACUCUUGGAACCUGUGUUACAUUUGAAGCAAAUGUUGAACAUGGUGAUGCAGAAGGCAGUAAUAAAAUAAUGCUAAAAUAUAAACACCGUACAAUGAAGAAGUUCAGCAUGACAAGCACUCUUUUGACAGAAAAGAAGGAAGGAGAAGAAAGCCUAGGUGGUGUGAAAUGGCCGCAAAUCAAGGACGAUGAUUUCUGCUAUAGACCCAACAUGAUUUGUAGCUUUCUGCAUGAAAAUGAAGAUGACGACGUUGUAGCUCUAGCCUCAGAUAAAUCUUUGGAGUUGGAAGAGCAAGAGAUUCAAAGGAAAGAUAAUUCAAACCUGAGUUAUAAACAGGGGAAAUCACUGAACUUGGAAUAA